GGCGGAGUAGAGGCGGAGGAGGAAUGCAAAGCUCCAUCCAGUGCUGAGAACAGGAGCAUUUACGCAGAUAGUCUGCGCUGCCUUCAACAGACACACAGCAUUUCCGCCGGUUAAAUUAGUUGUUGUUGUUGUUGUUUUUUGUCCCCGCUGCCGAUCAAUCCGCGUGCAAAGUGUCUGCCAGGAGCAAGGGCAACCAACCGCUGCUUACCGGACUCGUGUCAGCAGCACCAGGGAUUUACCAUGGUGAUCAAAGUGUACAUAGCAUCGUCCUCCGGAUCCACUUCGAUUAAAAAGCAGCAGCAGGAUGUGAUGGGCUUCCUGGCGGCCAAUAAGAUCGAAUUCGAGGAGUGUGACAUCGCGGCCAAUGAGGGCAACAGGAAGUGGAUGAGAGAGAAUGUUCCGGAGGAGUCCAGGCCGGCCACGGGGAACCCUCUCCCUCCACAGAUAUUUAACGAAGUCAAAUAUUGCGGGAACUACGAGGCCUUCUUCGAUGCCAGAGAGGACAACGCCGUGUAUGCGUUUCUGGGUCUGACUGCUCCCCCGGGCUCCAAGGAGGCCGAGGCUCUAGCGAAGAAAGCCCAGCAGUAGCAGCUUUGCAGCGUUUCUACCUGAGACCUGAACCCAGAUCUGGACCUGGAAGUGAUCCAAGACAAAAAAGAAGCAACAUUUCACUCGGUUUAUAAAUAUGUGAACGGUUUUGAUUGACUUUUUCUCAGUAUGGUUUUUUUUCUAUUAAUCUGUGUUCAGCUGUGCCUUGUCAGCUGUAGUUAAAGGAGGAGAGCAUUAUGGGUAUCCACAAACAGCUCUGCUUCCUCCCGUUAACCUCAGCCUGCUAAGCCUUUUGGCCUGAUGACAAACAACUGUUAGCGUGAAUGUGUAGCUUCCUUUUUAGGAACACAUCACCAGACACAUCAAAAAUGUAACCACAGAUUCAUCAUUUGGCCAACAGAACAUCAUCCAUGACACAUUUCCUCACUUACUUCACUCGACAAGUUUAAUUAGAACAAGUCUUUUCUGUUCCUGGAAACAUUGAGUCAAAUGUCGUGCUCCUGUCAAUCACAUCAUCACCAAACCUGCAGCACCUUCUGUAAAAGUUACAAACCCAUUCCGUGUUUUUCUUUACUUUAUAUUGUCUUAAUGCUGUUUUAAUAGCAGUCUUUUUUCUACAAGAUGAUGUAUGUUUAAAAAUAAUAACACAUGCCAAAAUUACAAGGGGGGUGAAAUUGAGUUGUUUUUUAAUUUGCUGUUCUUGUUUUUAGGAGAGUUGGAUCGCUGUUUGGUUUCACUAUGAGCAUCCUGUUUUACAUUGUGUGGGUGAUCCCUGUCUUACAUAAUGUUCUUUAAAAUCAAAUAAAAAAUAAGACUUCAAAUAAAACUGCAAGCCUGGCUCUUAC